AUGGGCAUUGUGAAGUUUGAUGAUCCCACAAAACCUAAUGUGGCGGGAAAUCCGUUACCCAGUCAUUCAGACAAUGGGGUAAACGUGAUAAGCGAAAGUAGAGGAAGGAGAACUAAGAUGGACGUAUCAGAGGUAAAGACCCCGUUGAGAUGGGUUUGGAAGAAAAUGGUGGAAGAAGGUUUACUUAUACAAGGUUUAGAGGAGAAGCCUGAAGGAGGGAAAUACUAUUGUGAAUUCCACGACGAGGAAGGGCAUGAGAUCCAAAAGUGCAAUAAAUUCAGGGCUCUGAAUUACGACUGCAAUGUAACGAUCCCGGGAGGGGAAAAUCCAGUUGUCACUUUAGAGAAAGGUCAAGACGAGGGUUUCUAUACACGCAGUGGAAGGCGUUAUACUCCGAACACAAAGGCAGAAUCAGCUAAAGGAAAAUCCGUGGUCAUUGAACAAGAAAAGGAAAAGACGACCAGACCUGAAUCAUCCGUCAAUGAGCCUGUAACUGAAAAAGAGGCUAAAGAAUUCUUAAAAUUCUUAAAACACAGCGAGUACAGCGUUGUGGAGCAAUUGCACAAACAGCCAGCUCGUAUAUCCGUACUAGCCUUGCUCUUGAGUUCAGAUACUCACCGAAGUGCAUUAAUGAAGGUUUUAAAUGAAACAUAUGCUGCGGAUGACAUCUCUCACAACAAACUCGAUCGUCAGUCAAUAACAUCGGUAGCGGAUAAUUUUAUUUUCUUUAAUGAUGAUGAAAUACCACCGGGAGGUAUGGGAUCUACAAAGGCCCUACACAUUACCACUCGCUACAAAGGAUACACAUUGUCGGGGGUAUUGAUUGAUAAUGGAUCGGCAUUGAAUGUCAUGCCCUUGUCCACGCUAAAUAGGCUGCCAGUUGAUAGCUCUCACAUGAAGACAUGUCAAAACGUCGUGAGAGCAUUCGAUGGUACGGAAAGGAGAGUGAUGGGAAGAAUCGAGAUACCUUUCUUGAUUGGCCCAAAUACAUACGAGGUGGACUUCUUAGUAAUGGACAUCAAGCCCUCAUACAAUUUCCUGUUAGGGAGACCGUGGAUUCACUCGGCAAGGGCAGUACCGUCGUCCCUACACCAAAAGUUGAAGUUGGUAACUGAGGGUAGGUUGGUAACGAUAAACGCGGAGGAAGACAUCAUUGCAUCUGUCACCAGUGACGCACCGUACGUGGGUACAGACGAUGAGGCGAUAGAAUGUUCUUUUCGAUCACUAGAAUUUGUCAAUGCUACAUUCAUCAUCGAAGGAAACAAGAUCCCAGCACCUAGAAUAUCCAAAACCACAAGGAUGGGCCUACGAUUAACUGUUGGCAAAGGAGCUUUGCCAGGGAAAGGACUGGGAAGAUGCCUCUAA